AUGGGUCAACAAAAAAUUAAAAUGCAUGUUAAAAAAGGUGAUACUGUAAAAAUUAUUUCAGGAAAAGAUAAAGGAAAAAUUAGUGAAAUAAUAAAAGUUAUACCAAAAAAAAGAAAAGUUAUAGUAAAAAACAUAAAUAUACAAAUAAAGCACGUAAGGCCAAAACAAAAAGAUGAAACAGGUCAAAUAAUUCAGAUUGAAGCUCCUAUACAUAGCUCUAAUGUUAUGCUAUAUAGCAUAAAACACGAAAUUGCUAGUAGAUUUAAUUACAUACGUAAUGAACAAAAUAUUAAACAAAGAAUAUUAAAAAAAACUGGGGAAAAAAUAAAUAAUAGUAAUGAUGCAUAA